AUGGGUGAUCAUGCGUUGACCGCUCUGUCGGCGACGGCGCGACGUCGAAAUCUGAAUAUUUGUUCAGAUCAGCAUUUAGAUCCGCUGGCUCCAGUAUUGGCGAAGCUUUCUUUUCUUGAAAAGGUGGUGGAUACCCAAACGAAAUUGCUGAGGGAGGUCCUUAGGCGAUUGCCUCCUCCUGCUGAGUUUGAGUCUUCCGAGCUCGAUCAUGACCCCAGGAGUUUCUCUUCAUCUUUUAACUGCUCCGUCCCUGCACUGAAAGCACUCAACGGAAAGCUAUCAUCUUCAAGCAGCAAAGAGGAAUGCCAACAUAGCAACAACUCCACAGCUGCAUCUCCCCCUUCCCUCUCUCCUUGCGGACAGUGCAAUAAAGAGAAGGAGACUUCAGAAGAGAGGCUCACAUGUCAUAAACGACUGCAUGCAGAAACGAGCCCCGCGAAUAUAGCGGAAUAUGAACGACCCACAGUGGGGCCCUUUGGCUCUCCUUUAAUUGAAGUGCAGCGAUAUGGAGAAGGAUGGACAGCAACAACUCGCUGCCCUCUUCUUAGCAGCUCGGGUUGCUUACUCCCCAAGUCGGAGUCCAUGCACUUAGCCAAGCCAACACUCUUUCGUCUCACUUGCGGACAUGAGUUUCAUUUGCAUUGGUAG